UCCCGUGUUCCCUAGCGCGCGUUCCUGUCCCCCUUGCGGUUACGUUGCUUCCGGUGGGCGGUGCUGGCUUACAACCUCUUCUUUUGUUGAGGCCGUGCUUUCUGAAGCCGAUUUAGUUAUCAACCCCAACACAGACAGUAGCGCCGAGCAUUAUGGAGACCGAGACUAAAUACUUACCCGAGCUGAUGGCGGAGAAGGACAGCCUGGACCCAUCGUUUACGCACGCAAUGAGCCUACUGGGCAAGGAGAUUGAAAGGCUGAAGAAGGGAGGCGAUGCUAAAAAGGAGGAAGAAGACACUUUUCUUGACUUAUUUUCCCAUAAAAACAUGAAAUUGAAAGAGCGUAUUUUGAUCCCAGUCAAACUUUAUCCCAAGUUUAAUUUUGUUGGAAAGAUCCUUGGACCACAGGGAAACACAAUCAAAAGGUUACAGGAGGAGACUGGAGCUAAAAUCUCUGUUCUUGGCAAGGGAUCAAUGAGAGAUAAGGCAAAGGAAGAAAAUCUGCGAAAAGGAGGGGACCCCAAAUACAGCCAUCUGAAUAUGGACCUCCAUGUGUUCAUAGAGGUCUUUGGACCACCGUGUGAAUCCUAUACCCGUAUGGCACAUGCAAUGGAAGAAGUUAAAAAGUUCUUGGUUCCGCUGACACCUGAGUCUUUUUCAUACCAGGACAUGAUGGAUGACAUCUGCCAGGACCAGUUUAUGGAGCUUUCCUAUCUUAAUGGAGCACCACCAGAACAAACCCGAGGAGGAUCAAGAGGUGGACCAAGCAGGGGCCGAGGGGGUCCCCCACCUGCUGCAGCUUCUUCUAGAGGCAGGGCUGGGCCUCUUCGUCCUCUUGUUCCAAGAGGUGCACCUGGACGUGGGUCCAUAACUCGUGGUGGCAGCGUGAGCCGCCCUGUACCACCUUCAUCUGCUAAUCGAGGUGCACCUGCUGGCAGAUCCCGUGGUGCAGCUAUCCAGAGAAUCUCCCUUCCACCUCCUGCACCUGAAACAUAUGAUGAAUAUGGUUAUGAAGACUCUUAUGCAGAGCCCAGCUACGAAGGUUAUGAGGGAUAUUACAAUCAAAGCCAAGGAGAAACUGAAUAUUAUGAUUAUGGCCAUGGAGAGGGUCCUGAAUCAUAUGAGAGUUAUGGACAAGAUAACUGGAAUGGCUCACGACCAUCACUGAAGGUUCCCUCUUCGCGGCCUUUGAAGGGCGGUGCAUACAGAGAACAUCCCUAUGGGCGCUUUUGAACUCAUCCAAACCAUAUUUACCGAUGUCUUGUGUUCGGGACUUCCUGUUCCUAAACCCACAAUACACAAGUAAAUUAUCUGUGCUCUGUAAACCUCCCUCGCAUAGCUUCCUUCUCCUAUAUUCCUUUGAAAGGCCAAUUUUAAAACAUGGAGCAAUUCUGAAAUGGAUCCUUUUUUUUGUUUUUUGUUUUUAAAAUAUUUAGAUAGUUUUACUUUGCGUUGUUAAAAAAUAAAAAAAUAAAACUAUAAAAUGCAUUACAUGUACAUACAUGCGUUAAAAGGUAGUUUUCAACGUGACUUCAAAACAAGUUUCUUUAAAAAAAGCAAAACUUAAUGUUAGCUUUAGGUUCUUUGUCCUCAACUAAGCUGCAUAUUAAAAUCCCAUCACUUUCAGUAGUUAAAAAUUGUAGCUGUAAUAUUGUAUGCUGUUUAAAAACAAAACUUUUGACUUUGUACUUAAAAUCCACUUUAUGUUAUUAAACCUUAUGGACAAAA